AUAUAAAAACAAUUUUUUGAAAAUGUGCUGUGGAUUUUUAUAAUUUUGUAAUUUUUAGAUGUAAAUAAUAAACUUUAUCAAUAAUGUUAGUGCCGGCGGAUAUGAUGUCGGCCCAAUCCAAAAUGCUGUACCAGAUCAAUAAAUAUUGUACUGAGCAGGUGCAGGCUAGGAAAGUGACGAUCGCUAAGACAAUACGGGAAGUGUGUAAAGUGGUGCAGGACGUGCUGAGGGAAGUGGAGGUCCAGGAACCGAGGUUUAUUUCGUCCUUGACUGAGUGCAAUGGGAGGUUUGAGGGUCUGGAUGUCCUUUCACCCGUCGAAUUCGAAGUGGUAUUGUACCUGAACCAGAUGGGGUUGUUGAACUUUGUGGACGAUGGAUCUCUGCCGGGGUGCGCGGUCCUGAAGCUCGGGGACGGCCGCAAGCGGUCCAUGUCGCUGUGGGUGGAGUUCAUCACGGCCUCCGGGUACCUCUCGGCCCGCAAGAUCCGGUCGCGCUUCCAGACGCUGGUGGCCCAGGCGUGUGACAAGUGCGCGUACCGGGACUCGGUGAAGAUGAUCGCCGACACGACAGAGGUGAAGCUGAGGAUACGCGAACGCUACGUUGUGCAGAUCACGCCGUCCUUCAAGUGUUCCGGAGUGUGGCCUCGGUCCGCAGCCCACUGGCCCAUCCCGCACAUCCCCUGGCCGCAUCCCAACAUCGUGGCCGAGGUCAAGACGGAAGGGUUCGAUCUGUUAUCCAAGGAGUGUUACGCCAUGCAGGGUAAACAGUCGGCGAUGGAAGGCGACGCCUGGGUCAUGUCAUUCACCGAGGUGGAGAGCAGACUGCUCUUCGGGGGCUGCAGGAGGCGGUGUCUCAGUCUGCUGAAGACCUUGAGGGACCGACACCUCGAGCUCCCAGGCAAUCCGGUGACCAGCUACCACAUCAAGACUCUGGUGCUGUACGAGUGCGAGAAACACCCCAUGGAGACAGAGUGGGACGAGGCCAGCCUGGGCGACAGGAUCAACGGCAUCCUGCUGCAACUGAUCUCCUGCCUGCAGUGUCGCCGCUGUCCGCAUUACUUCCUUCCGCAACUCGACCUUUUCAAGGGCAAGUCGCCCUCGGCCCUCGAGAACGCCGCCAAGCAGGUCUGGAGACUCACCAGAGAACUCCUCACCAACUCCAACGCUUUCGAUAGCCUUUAACUGUGGCAACCAGCCGUUUAGGUAAUAAUACGAUACUUGAAUAGAUAUCCAUACAAUUCAAAGCGUACCUAUUUAAUAUCUCGUGGGCGAAAUGGCGGUGUUUAUUUUAUGUUAUAUUAAAUGUAAGCUAUUUCUCUUUUAAGUGCUGUUUUUAACCAAGAAUAAUCAAAUUGUUAAAAUUGUUAUUAACAAUUUUGUGUUAUAUUUUAUUUUUGUUGUGACCUAUUGGGUGGUAACUAUUAUAGUGAAUUUUCCUCUAUACUAAAUUUCUCAAUGGCUUGAGAUUGUCAUUAGUCUUACUAUUCAAUCGUGAAGAUAUUGCGUUAAAAUGCCGGUGAAAAUGCAUUUAAUUCAUUUGUAGUAUAGACUGCUAUUGAAAUGAUCAAUUUAUUGUGGAUUGGUGUGUUUUCCAUUACAAGUAUACAGUUCUAAACCAUUACCCUUUUAUAUCAAUAUAGCGGUUGAAACUGAUUAGCAGUAUAAUACUUCAUAAUAAAAACACUUAUCAGUAUGAACUCCUAUGUCCAUGUAUGAUGAUAACAGAUUAUUGUUAUAUGAACGUAUGUAACAGAUACUCUAGUUUUUCAAAUUGUAACUUACAUGUUUAAACAAUUCAUUUAAUAUUGCUUGUUCAGAUGUUGGUGGCCCCAUAAUGCUAUGCCGUAAUUAGAACCCAUUAUUAUUUUCAUAAUAAAUAAAGAAAGCCCUUGCUCUAGUAUACAUUUCUUUCGCAAAUGGACUAUUCCAUAUUAUACGCGUGAUUUUCUACUGUGUAAUUUAAUUUAUUUUCAGGACUUUGUUAUUAUGUAAUACAUUUAUGAUGAAUAAUAGUCUUUCACGUCGUUGACUCUUAUAAUGAGACGUAGACUAAUCGUGUGAUUUAUAUAUGGCUACGGAGUCUUGUGUGUGCGUUUUGUGUGAUUUUACUGCUAAAAUUCGUAACGAAAUACUUCUAAGGGUUAAGAAAGGGCAAUUGUUCUAUACAAAGUAAAAACAUGCCUAUAAGCGUAAAGUCAACAGUUGCCUGCAACUGAAAAUAUUAGUUGAAUAGCUAAAUAUUCGUUUAAUCGGGAAUAAAGACAGUAACUAACGAUUGAAAUCGUUCACACUUUAUGUGUAAACUGUGACCUUUGGACACAUAUUUAUCAGCAGCUUAAUUUCAUUAAAACUGAGAUAAACGUUUACAUUUUCUUCUAGUUUUAUUUCUCUUGAAGGAUAUUU